CUGUGGUCACCUUCCCUGUUACCUUUUCCCCCCCUCCCUCCCCUCCACUUCUUGGACUAGUGGGCUGAAUGUUUCACUUAGGCACUUGGGAUCCAGGAUGUUAGGAAUUGUAAAAAUGGAAGGACAUGAGACAACAGACUGGAGCAACUACUACCAGGACACUCAGGAGGCUUAUUCUUCAGUCCAGGUUAACAACAUGACCCAAGGAUUGGCACCUAUGAACACUUACAUGACCAUGAAUAACAUGAGCUCCAGCAACAACAUAACCCCUGGAUCUUUUAACAUGUCUUAUGCCAAUUCAGGGCUGGCACCAGGUUUGAGUCCCAGCGGCAUGUCGGGAAUGGGUGCUGGAUCCUCCACCGCUAUGAACGGCAUGGCAUCUGGGGUGCCAACCAUGGGCACCGCUCUUAGCCCUAGCAACAUGAACGCAAUGUCUGCCCAACAAGCCUCCAUGAACAGUCUAAGCCCCUAUUCCAGCAUGAACUCAGGGAUGAGCCCCAUGGCUUAUGCCCCUUCCAGCAUUAACAGGACCAGGGACACUAAAACUUUUCGGAGAAGUUACCCCCAUGCCAAGCCCCCUUACUCCUACAUCUCAUUGAUCACCAUGGCCAUCCAGCAGGCCCCCAGCAAGAUGUUGACCCUCAGUGAGAUCUACCAGUGGAUCAUGGACCUCUUCCCUUAUUACAGACAGAACCAGCAGAGGUGGCAGAACUCCAUCAGGCACUCUCUGUCCUUCAAUGAUUGCUUUGUUAAGGUGGCAAGGUCCCCAGAUAAACCUGGCAAAGGCUCCUACUGGACGCUGCACCCAGAUUCUGGGAACAUGUUUGAGAAUGGCUGCUAUCUCCGCCGACAGAAGAGGUUUAAAUGCGAGAAGCAGAUGGGGGGCAAAGGGUCACAAGAUGGCAGGAAGGACCAGUCUGGUUCUUCAUCCCCCUUGCAUAGGGUACAUGGCAAGUCCAACCAAAUGGACAGUAAUUCCUCCAUGUCUAACCCUUCCAGCAGUCCACAGUCCCUGGAACAUGGUGUUUCCAAUGGAGAGAUGAAGCCACAAGUGCCAGGAGGUCCCUCACCCAUACCUUCUCACACCCCUCACUCUUUAGUCCAUGAAUCCCACCUCCACCUCAAAGGAGACCCCCAUUACUCCUUCAAUCACCCCUUUUCCAUCAACAACCUGAUGUCUUCUUCUGAACAACAGCACAAACUGGAUUUCAAAGCUUACGAGCAGGCUCUGCAGUAUUCCCCCUAUGGUGGGGCCCUGCCAGCCAUGUCCCUGAGCAGUCCUUCCAUGUCUGGAAGAGGGACUAUAGAACCUUCAGCACUGGAGCCUACAUACUAUCAAGGAGUCUACUCCAGGCCGGUCCUUAAUACAUCCUAAUCAUUAUACCCCCCCCCCCCCCCUUUCAUUUGUGUAGAACUGUUCUAAAGACUGUUACUAUUAUUAAGCUUAUUGCUUCACAAACACACAAAAAUAAUAAUAAUAAUAAUGUUAUUUGAAAGAGAAGAACUGCAGUUUUUUUGGGGGAGGGAUCUGUCCAUGUAACAUAAAAAGCACAGAGGUCAACUAAAAAAAAAGCUGCAUCUGGUUGUAUUUAAAGAAACUGUCUAUCCUGUAUAUAUUGCUGAAUGUCUAUCGGUUUCUAGACACGUUUACACAUGAG